AUGGAGGUCACACUGGCCUAUGAAGAGAGACAGAGAGAGCAGUGAGUUUUUGACCACCCAGCCCAGGCUGAGCUUAGUACUUCACAAACUUGAUGGGUUUUAGAUGUAGAAAUGGCGUCUGGUAGGCUGAAAGAGAGCUUGGCAACAGCCCUGAAGGGCUGACACAAGAAGCAGGUCACUGAGCUAAAUGCUCUUAUUACCAUGCUGCUUGGAGAACUUUCCUCGGGUGAUCACGAAAAAAUCAUGGCCAUUUGUACCAAAGAUGUUUAUGGCAGAGAGGUAUCAGCAAGCCUUCAAGCCCAGAGGGUGCAUUUCCAGAGCUUUUCCUUGCUGUCACAGGUAUGCCACAGAUGGGAUGAUGUCCAGAAACAUUUUGCCAACAUUUGUGAUGCUCAGUUUCAGUACUUUUACGAGUACUUGGGAAAUAUCCCUUGGCAAGUUAUUACACCUUUGACUGACAGGUGUUCUAUUACUCCAACCCAGGCUCUCCACCUAGCAGUGAGUGGUGUUACUGCAGAAGCAGCUGGCACAGAGAAGACAGAGACUAUGGAAGAUUUAGGCUGUGCCCUUGGUAUGAGGGUGAAAAUUUUCAACUAUUCAGAAUACAUGGAUGACGAGUCUGUAGGGAGUAUCUAUAAAGGUUUGGUCCAGACAGGCUUUGAGGAAUUCAGUCAUCUCUUGGUGGAUGUAUAGUCAGUAGUGGCAGUACAAUUAAAGCCUAUCCACAAUAAAAUUGGGAAGAAAAAGAAAUUUGUAUUUCUUGGUGAAAACACGACACUGAAAUCCGGAGUUGGAAUUUUUAUUACUACGAUCCCUGGAUGUGCAGUACUAAUCUGUGCAUUUGAAUUAUGGGUUUUUUCCUUCCCUAGAACCUGUGCCAUGGUUGUCCCUGACAUUGAACUGGUCUCUGGAAUGAUGUUGGCUGCUGAAGGGUUUAUUGAUGCCUGUCUGUUAGCCAGGAAGUUCAUCACCUUCCAACCUCUCUGCAGGGAGCUGCUCCCUGAACAGGGCUGUUAUGCCUGGGGACUUCAUGCUAUCAAGUCAGUUCUGGUAAUUCUGAAACAAGGAGAUAGGAACAUCCCUGAGGACCAUGUGCUUAUGUGCAUCUUAAGAGACUUCAAUUUGCAUAAAAUAGUGACAGAUGAUAUCCCAAUUUUCACAGGCUUGAUCAGUGACCUGUUUCCAUCUCUGGAUGUUCUGAGGAUGGGUAACCUACAGUCUGAGCAGAUGGUUAAACAAUCUACCCUGGAGCUGUACUUGCAGCCAGAAGAGAACUUUAUUCUCAAAGAUGUUCAGCUGGAGAAGCAGCCAGCAGUGUGUCACUCUGUGUUUGUUGGUGGAAUUGCAGAGAAUGGGAACGGUAAGGUACCUGCCUGCCUAUGCAGCACGUUUUCCAUCUCACCUUGUAAAGAAACUGCCAUGGCUCUUGCACAAAAAAUUCUUCAUGUUGCCUUUACUGUACAUCUCCAGUACUCCACUGAUUUACUCAUAAUAAAAGGCAAAGCAGUCUUGCUUGUUGGAAAUGCUGGAGUAGGAAAAGCAGUGUUUAUAGGUAAUAGGCUUGGUGCUGUCUCUGAAGACAAGCUUCAGACCAACAAUUCAUUCAACUACCACGCAACAUCAGCAGUCCUCCAGACUUCUAGGGGUUAUGAACUUCUGAUUGGAGUAGGUGGUAAACAGAGCUUGUCUGGACUGGCAGGAUAUAUCUGUUCCCUGGAGGUUUUCCAAAUUACACAGAAGAAAUCAGGGCUCAGGGUAGAUCUUGCCAAGACAGGUGCCAAGAACAUGCCCACUGUGUUUUUGCUGACAGAUGCCCAAGUUCCAGAUGAAUGCUUUCUUGUGCUGAUUAAUGACUUGUUGGCAUCAGGAGAGGCUCCAGAUCUGUUCUGUGAUGAAGACAUGAAGGUGACAACUGCAGCAGUAGAUCUAAAAUCUAAACUUGCUACUCAAGAGGCAGAACUGCAACUGAAAAAUCAAGGUACUGAAGCUUUGAUUGCUAAGAUAGGGUUUCAGACUGAGAAACUGAGCCAAGAAAAGGCCUUUGCAGAUGAAGAGAGGCUAAAGUUCAGCAGAUGGAAUGAAGUCUGCAGAUUGCCAUGGUACUUCUUGAUCUGCUUGAUUUCAUUCUUCAUUCAGUAUUAUGCAAUGUGGACCCCUGGCCUAUGCAACUUGUUCCAACUGGUUCAUGUCAGGCUUUUUAAAGUCCAAAAAAUGGACUGGAGCCAGGCCAUUGAAAAUCUCAAAGCACAGGAGAAAACUUUCUGUGGUGACAUCUUAUUGACAGCAGCACUUGUGUCUUACUUUGGAACCUUCAUAAAACAACAUCACCAGGACACAAAGGGACAUUUCUGGAUUCCUUCUCUAAAGGUACAAAAAGCUCCUUUUCCUGUGACAGAAGGCCUGGACCCAGUUACCACAUUGAGGGAUGAUGCUACGGCUGUGGCAUGGAGUAAGGAAUGGGAUAGGAUGUCAACAGAAAACACCACUGUUCUAACAAACUGUGAGUGCUGACCUCUGAUGAUAGAUCCCCAGCAACAGGGAAUUAAAUGCGUAAAGAAUAAAUAUGGAGCUGACCUUAAAGUCGUACAUCUGGGACAGAAAGGAUAUGUACAUACCAUUGAAAGAGCUUUGGCUUUUGAUAAGACUGUAUAAAUUGAAAACAUGUGUGACUCUAUUGAUCCCACACUUGAUCCUCUGCUUGGAAGACAUACAAUUAAAAAGGGAAGAUGCUCCAAGAUUGAAGACAAAAAAUGUGAAUUCAAAAAGAAUUUUCAUCUCAUCCCUCACACUAAACUGGUUAACCCUCACUACAAGCCACAACUGCAGGCUCAGACCACCUUCAUUAAUUUUACUGUCACCAGGGACAGGCUAGAAGACCAGCUGUUGGCUGAGGUUGUUAAUGCAAGACUCAAAGAAACCAUAAGUGUUAGUUCUCAUUAUGGUACUAGAGCUGAGAGCAGUCCAGCCACUCCUGUGUUUUUCAUCCUGUCUUCAGGACUAGGCCCACUUGAAGAUCUUUCUAUUGCAGGGAAAAAGCUCGGGUUCACUACAGACCCUGGAAGAUUUUGUAAGAUGUCUCUAGGACAAAAGGGGGAGAUGGUUGCAAAGGAGGCACUCAAGAAAGCUGCCCCACUUGGCCAUUGGGUUCUUUUCCAAAAUAUUCAUCUAGUAGCUGAGUAGCUCAAAACCUUGGACAAACUCCUUGAGCAAUACAUUAUUCAUCCUGAUUUCUGUGUCUUUAUCAGUGCUAAGCCAGCUCCAACCACAGAAAAGUACAUAAUUCCCCAAGGAACACUAGAAAAUUCAAUUGAAAUGACUGGUGAACCUCCUACAAGGAUGCUGGCUAAUUUCCAUGCUGCUCUCCAUGGUUUUGACCAGGGGACCUCUGACCUGCAUGCCAGAGAAGGAAAAUUUAAAAGCAUCUGUUUUCCCCUGUGCAAUUUUCACACUUCUGUUCCUGGGAGGCUGAAGUUUGGCCCUUGGGGCUGGAAUGGAAGGUUCCAGAUCAGCACCUGAGAUCCCCGUCUGUAUCACCAUCCUCAGCAACUGCUCAGAGGCCCACAAGAAGGUGGGUUCCACAGGAAUCCUUGGUGAGAUCAUGUAAGGUGGCCACAUAACGGGUGCCUGGGACUGUAGGCUCUGCUGGAUCUGUCUGCAAUAAUUCCUCAGCCCAGUCCUGCUUGGAGGGGAAUUUGGCACCAUGUUUCUUGGCCUCUCCAAAUCUGGAUUAUGAUGGAUACCACAAAUACAUAAUGAAAUGCUUCCAUCUGAAAGCCCUGUACUAUAUGGACUGCACCCCAGUGCUGAGAUGGGAUUCUUGUCAACAUCAGAUAAUCUCUUCAACUCUCAUUUGGAAAAGCAAGCCAUAUCUCCAUGGGAAAGGGAUCAGGACAGUCCGCAGUGAAGAGCUGCAAUGCAGAGCAGAAACAACUGGCCUUUGGAUAAGGUGUGCUCAAUUGCAGAUGUAACCAAAAGACCAAGGAGGAGUAUGACCACCCAGCAAGAAAAGGAGCCUGUAUCUGUAUGCCUUCUGUGCAAGGUUCAAAAAUGACACUUACUGGAUCAAGCAGAGCUGAUUUCACAUCUUCACCAUAUCGAUUUCGAAGACAGGGCCCACAGAACUGCCCCCUGACCCCUCCACAGCCCUGCUUGCGACAGAUUGUCUUUGUAUCAGUUGU